UUUUUCUAGGCCACGCUUUUCGCGCGCAAAAGUAGCGUUCGUAAUUUGCUUGCGUGUGCGGUAACGUUCGAUUAUUCAUUCGUAUUUUAGUUGUAAAUCGAUCAGAAAUACGCAGCCGUCUUGUAAAAUUACUUGUGGAACUUUCCGCUUUGUGGAGCCAGUGACUUCGUAGGAGUUUGGCAGUGAUUAAUCUGCUUCUUUUAGAAGUUUCUGUAGUGAUACUAUUUUUGGAUUUGAGAGACUUGCAUGCCCUAUCCACUCUUCAUUUCCCGAUUAAUAACAAGUUACCUCCCGACCUAAGAUGACUGUAGUUACCAACUAUUUCAAAUUGUUUACAUGUCUGUAUCACAAAGGAUUUGGAAAAUUUUGAAGGUAAGAGUUUAAAUAGAGCAGAUGCUGAUGAUGAGUUACGCGAAGAUAACCCAAAAACAGCUGCUAGCAAGAACGAUGAUGAUCUAUUAGGAUUAAAAGAAGUUAAGGAGCCUGUGACAGCUGACGGCCACGGCCCCUACGUGCCGGGUUCCCUCACAGACCCCGACCAAAGACACGAGAGCUACGACCUACUUGUAAAAAAAGCUGUAGAAGACGUACACGGGCCCCAAGAAGACGAAACCGAAAAGUUCUGGAGAAAGGUCGCGGAAAAUGCCAAAAAUAAUGAAAAGAACAUCCAAGAUAAUAUGAAAUUCGGUAAAAAGAGCACAACACCAAAAUUACCUGCUGUAAACGUAACGCAAAACUUUAAUUUUGCCAAGAAAAUGCACGUCGGCAACUUAGAACAUCAGCCUUUGCCAGACACGCUCGGGUAUCGCGGCAUGACUAAGAUUGCAGAACACAGAGAUUCCGAUAUCAUAGUGAAGCCGUAUGCUAUCGGCUGGAAGGGCUACGGAGCCUCUGGACCAACUUGUUGCACCAAAAUGCGGGUACAUAGGCCAAAAACCUGCGAUCCUAAGAAAGCAGAAGGGGAAAAAGAUAGCAAGCGUCCUUCGACUUCUGGCCCAGACCUUGGAGGGCAAUACACAAAAGCCAUGUCACUGAUGGACUUGGCUAUCUGCUGGGAUUUUAGACCAGAUAAUCCAAAAGGCGAACCGCGACCGCCAAAGCAUAUUGAUGGUUCAAAUGGAUCUAAAGCACCAGCAGUAUUCACAAUGGUACACACGCCAAAAGUUGAAACGUUUGAACAGGUCGUCCCGGCCCAUCCGAAUCCUAUAUUUAAUCAAAAUCAAUACGCUAACGAGGUUGGCCAUCAUCCAGUGCCUUAUUUUGAGAAAGAUAUGUCGAAGGAGAAACGUAAAGACUCAUGCGAUGUUCAAUACUGUCCGCAACACAACAACGAACGAGUCAGCAGAUCAGUGAGUAGUAGCAGAAGGAAUUCUGGCCAGUCGGUGUCAAAACCGCAGUGCGACGGAAUACACGGCUGUGGGACUCCCAGCGAAACUAGCCGCAAGUCCAGUCGAGAACAAAAAACACGGCCAGAUAAACUGCAGCCAAUAAAGCAAGCGUGGGGCGGCAACGAGAAAGCAAAGGAAAGUGAGGCUCGCAACCAACAUCAAGGAAGAAACAGUCUGGAGUCGUACGAGAAAACCCCUCUAGCCCAGGGUAAGCUACAUCAAAGCUCACCGAGCGAAUCUCAUCUUUCACGACGAUCGACUAAAGAAAGCGUAUCAACAAACAACAACACUAUAAAGCAUAAGCAUUGCAUAUCAUGUAAUGGGGCGAAGACUUGUCCAGAAGCUAAACACAAAGAAGAUUACAAGUUCGCUUUUAAAGCUGGCAACCCAAACUCAGUCCAGAGUAGCGGUAGCCACACAACCGAUUCAAAGGGGUUCAAAAUUCCCAAAAUGCGGCACCCGUAUUCUAAAAAGUCGUACACGAUUCCGACUUUAGCGCCUCCGUUUAGCAUAUGGAAGGAUGCGAAUGCCACUGGCUAUCCGGAACACUGGAGGUUGGCUAGCGUAUAUCAGCACGCUUACAAGCCACCGGAACAAAGACGUAAGCCACUCAUUUCGGGGGUAUUUCAAUAGAAUUUUUACUUUAUAUGAAAGUUCUCUUGCUGUCAAACGUAAUACCGAGUUACAUUUAGAAAAGAUUCUUAUCGCCACAUGCAACAGUGACUCGAAACGAAAAUAUAUUUAGCCUUUUCAACUUUGUCUCUUAGCAAUUUAAUAUACAGACGUAUAUUUCUGCGGAAGUAUGUAAGGAUGAUAUUCGCUUGCUAUCUGUUAUAUUUACCUUAGCAAGGCUGACUACCUACACAGCCAGAAUGGCUAGCAUGGGGUGCAAUUAUUAAGACGUGACAAAAGUUUUGCAUUGUGCUCACUCACAUAGCGCAGCCUCGAGACCGAGUGCGACUUAGAACUUUUGUUACGUCUUAAAUGCGCCCCGUGCUAGCCCUUCAGGAAAGCUAAGGAGCCAACUGCCCUUCACAAUGUUCGAUCUUGCAUUUAUCAAGAUUUGAUCAGAACUUUUGUACGAUAGGGACUGUAUAUUGUAAACACAAUGACAUAUUUAAAGAACCAUUUUAUAUUGGGUCCAAUAAUAAACAAUGACAAUUUGUAUCUCUAUACUCACAUUGUAAUACUCUUGCUCUUGUAAAGGAAUAAAAUCAUGUCACUUGCUA